AUGCAGUUUACUUCCGCCGCCUUCUUGUCCAUCCUGCUCGCCCUUCAAGGGCGGGCUGCGGCCGUGUCGAGCCAGAAGACGGCCGAGGAGGCCGCCCCAGCCGCCAACUGGCUGUCGCUGCUGACGAACAGCUGGGCCCUAGCAGGCGAACCCGAGAGCGAGCAGACGCAAGGACUGGACGACCUGGCCAAGAACAUCGUGAAGUUGGCCAAGGAUGGCGCUGGCGCGGCGCCGGAUGAGUCCAUGAAAGAGGCCAUUGCCAGCAUCCGCUCCAUUGUCAUCGACAUGAAGAAGUCGGUGAACGAAACCAACGCGGCCGCGCAGUACGAGAUCAAUCGCAAGGCUGAGGCCGUGGCCGCGUGUACCGUUCCGGAGACGCCUUCGCUGAAGUUUGGCAACUCCAAGGAUGAUGUCAUCACCUGCCGUAGCGAGGAGAAGCCACUCUACAAUGCCUACAAGCUCUGCGAGAGUGAGAAGGCACGCUGCAGCAACACCACCGCCUGCUGCGCGAGCCUGGUCCAGCCGAACAAGUACUGCCUGAACCCAGGCGUCGCACCAUCGCCGCUGCAAUACGAGUCCCAGUGUGACGGCACGUCGUCAUGCAAAGACACUGACAUCAAGGAGAAGAUCGCCUUCUUCAAGGGCAAGUUGGAUGCGCUGGACGCAGCCGAGAAGGCCUGCGAUGAUUCCCGUGCAGGCUGCAAGGAUUCCUAUGACUGUGUACCGAAGCAGGACGCCUGGAAGGUCAAGCAGACCUCGUGCAACGAGAUGCAGACGAACUUCGAGCAGGCCUACUGCAACCUGGCCGAGGGGCUCGAGGGGAAGUGGGACACCUACCUCACCUGCUACGACACCAAGAAGUCGGCGCUGACGUCGGAGGAGUCGAAGCAGGAGGCCACCGUCCCAGGACGCCAGCAGGAGCAGCUUGUUUUUGGGGUCGCUUAG